AUGGUGUCCGAGUAUUCGUGGCUCGUUUCAAAAACUUUGGGGGAAUUACUCUCAUGUGAGAGGUUUGAUAAGUCUGCCAUUAUACAGAGAGAUUUAAGUUUAUCUCAAGCGUUCUGUUUGUUGUGGCAAAAUGACAAAACGGGAGACGUUGCUGGAAGGCAAAGACCGAGCGCCAUGUCACACACGGCCUGUGCUGCUGUUCUGUUGGAUUUGUAUAUUCUGGAAAAGGUUGAUUUCGAGAAGGAAAUCAAACAGUGGAUGGACAGAAGAAGACAAGUUAUUUCCGUACAAGUGGGUCGUAAAGUCAUUAAAUCCACUUAUACUCCAACUUUAUUACUAACGGAGAAUCAGGCUACUUAAGGAAAUUUGUAAGCUUAUUAAAGGCUUAGCUAAAUUUUUUAACAAGCCGUCGAAACACAACACGUAUUCCUUUGGAACGACUCAGCCGUUCUUUUCGCCUGAUUUGACCAGGAAUUUUGACUUUGGAACAGCUUUGAUUCAGACCGAAUUUUGGCUUUCGUAAUUUACUUAGGGGCUAUUUACGUGAUAUCAGAAUUUGUAGUCUUGCAUUUAAUUUGGAACAAGCCAAUUUCUUCUCCGGAUGUUUUUCUCUACUUGUUUAAAAGAUGAACGUCCUGCCGGAGCGAGUUUAAUUAAGUCUUCAUUCCGAAGAAUGCUUAACAUGGUAAGCUGGUCGUCUCUCUUAACAAACUUCAUUCGCGAUCUUGAGCAAAACUCAUUUUGGAAUGAAAGUCAUCCCAAUAUCAUGAAGGUUAAAUCUCCAGCCAUGGGUGUCUUAAUUUGGGAAGAAUCAUGGCUGCAUCAAGACACCCAUGGCUAGAAACUGAGCCUAAAUAUCAUGUGAAUAGCCGGCCCCUUGACUUAACUAUAAGGAAAAUUUACUGUCUGGAUCAUUCUGUAAAAGGCAAAAUUCAUUAUGCAAGAAACUUUUUUUGAUGUAUGAAAGAUGGUAAAAAGUUAAAAAAGGUUAAAAAAGGUCCAGAAACACAGGAUAUCUAAGUCACGACCAGUGUAUGUGUUCCCACGUCCAGUGGUCUUGAAAGCGGAUGAAACGGCAGUUUUUUUCACAGGCAUCCCAAGCUCGUGUUAUGAAUGUUGAAUGUAAUUUCCAUUGACGCUAGUGGAUCGGUAUCACGUUACAAGUGAUCAUUGAGACGUUGUACGGGAAAUAAAAUACUGAGGUCUGCAGACGACAAAUAUCAUCAUAGUUUACCUUUUCAAUCAAUAAAAUCAGUAAAGAAAGAAAAUUUAUCUUUGUUGCAUUUUUGUGUGUUUCGGUGUGAAUUCAUCAGUUUGCUCCACUUUUUGGCUCUAUUGUGUUACCCCCUGUAACUCUGGACUAAAUAGAUGAAUUCACACCAAAACACAACAAAAAUAAAUCUUCUUUAUUUAUUUUACUAAUCAAAAGGUAAAAAUAUAUGACGAUAUUUGUUGUUCAUGCAUAGACCUCAAGCUCAGUAUUUUUUUUCUCAUCAAUGAUUGCUUGUAACACAAUACCAACUUACUUGCGUCAAUGGAAAUUACGUUCCACUCGUGAUACUUUAGCUUGGGAUGCCUGUGGUUAUAUUUACUUCAAGAGAUUCAUGACUUUUUCUCUUUCACAGAAAUCAUGUUUUGUGUGUUAAAUUCACCAUGUUAUUCAAUAUUUAUUUAAUUCAUCUAUUUGGAAUGAUGUAGUAUUGGUAUAUUAUUUUCAGACAGGUUUUUUUGUAAUACAGAGGAAGAGUCUUUGGCUCAAUCUUGAAAUCUUGGAAGCAAUUGUGAUGGGUCUCAAAGUCUCAGUGUUGGGUGAUUUUUAACUGGGAGGUUCAAAUUUUUGAAGUCUCAGUCUCGAAUUUUGAAAUCUCGCAGUCUCUCAAAGUCUUAAAUUUACCAUUCUUUACCGCUUUUGUUUUACUUCACUCAUGAGUUUUACAGGUUGUUACACGGAGGAUGAGCCCAAAAGGGAGGCAUUUUAUGUGGUGGGCAUUAUGUAUAUGUUCUGAGAAGUUUUUACAUCAUAUUUUGAAAUUUUAAAAUUUUCUGCUAAAAACUGUUCAGUGUCUGAAGCAACAGGUAACUUUUAUCAACAUAGGGUUGACCCAUUGUCUAGUUAAGUGACCUUGAAAAGUUUGGCAUCUGUUUAUAAUAAGCUCAUAAUUUUGCUUUGUUCAGUAGGAAAACAAUGAGAUUGAGUCAUAAAUUCAAUACAAAUAUAUCAUAUGCACAGGUUAAAGAUGCCACAAUGACGAGUUCGUACUUGGACAAAGCACUUUUUUCAGACAUUGUCAAAUACCAUAAUAAUAGUAUGGGACGGAAAAAAACAACUGUUGAAUGGAUAAUUCAAGGAUCUCAUGAAAGAGAAAACUCAGCAACUGCAGUCUUGGACAGCCUGGUGUGGCGGGGGAUCCUUGGUAGGGAAUCAAUGCUUUUUGGAAGGAAAUAUCCAACACUUAAUUCUGGUAGGCAAAGUUUUGUUUGUAAUGAAUUUGCUGUCUCCUUUUUUGUUAUGCAUAUUGAAUUUUACCUUCCCCCAACUUCCUCAGGCAUACGUACUCGCGGACAAGAAAAGCUUUUUCUGACCUGAGGGUAGGAAAUGCCUUACAAAAUUUCUUGGAGUUCUUGUGUACAGUCAAUCCAUCUUAGUUGAAAGCUGUUUGCACGUCACUGCAUCAAUAACUCUGCAUUGAAAGCCUCCAAAUGUCAGUUUUAUAAAAAUACUUUCAAAACUAGUGCUGCCUAAUAGAGGUUAGCCUGAGCAAACAGCUGACAUUUUGCAAUGCCACAACUGCUUUCCCUGCAAAAUGACAUCUGAGAAACGUGUGCUGAAUUCCUUUACUGACGAUGCGUUACUUCAAAGAUCUGAGUAGUGGCACGUCAUCAGUAUGGAAUUUCAGAAAUCAUUUUGUGAGAAAUCCAGUGUUGGCAUCGUGUAAUGUUGGCUGUUUUCUCAUGCUGGGAUGUUGCAUGUAAUAUGGUAAAAGCUAAUAUUUAGAAUCCAGACAUGGUGUGGAUCUAGUGAUGGUGAUGUAGAAAUUAGGUAGAAAAAACAUAUCUGGUGUGAAGUGUUGAUAUGUGUUCAACCAAUUUGAUUGAUCCAUUAGUCAUUACAUUGCAAAAGAAGUCUCAUUAUGAACUGCAAAAAGUCAUAUUCAAAGGAAAACAGGUUUUAACUUUAAUUGGUCUUGGGGUUCACUGUGUGUAUUAUACCAGUAGGAGACAGUUUUCCUUGGGUCCCCUGUAAUGUUAGCUCAUCAUCAUGAAGAAAAUAGUCUGAACAUGCUCUGUGGUUGACAAUCAUGUUGGAUGUACACAGUAUAAUCUAAGUGAUCUUGGAUCACUGAUCCUGAUCAUGAUCAUCCCAUUACUAAUUAGAUAGGUAUGUUUCCAUGUGUCCAACACAGUGGAUGUUUGUUUAAUGUUGUUUGAAUAUGAAAGUGGAUCAUGUUUUGUUGAUCAUCAUGUCAGCACAUCAUGCUGCUAUCCUACCAGGUGACUGUUUAAUUAAUAAAGGUGUAAUAUAGUUUAGUAUUAGCGAAUAGUUAUUGGGAAUUCUAGAGGGUCAGGGGUUUCGUUUGAGGUCAGACGCUGGACAGAACAUCUGGUUGUUUGACAUGUAAUGUCUGGUAGUUCAAUAAUAAUUGCCAACCUAACCCCAAAAUAUUUUUUCACUACAAUACAUCUUUGCACCUGUUUGAAACGCAUUUGCCUGUUUUUUACCAUUUUUGCCAAAUCUUGACGUUUUGUAGGCUUCCAAUACUUACGAAAGUAAACAUCAUUUGGUACACGACGGAGUCAAAAGGGGCAUGGGUCUAUUCCUGAUUUGAUGUCACAAACUAUUUUACAUGCAUGUUUACAAAGACUUAAUGGCAUGUAAAUCAGUUCGUGAUGUCAAAUCAGGAAUAGACCCACGCCCCUUCUGACUUGGUCAUAACCAAAUAAGGCUCAGUUUUGAAGCCUAUAAAAAGUCAACGGUUGGUGGAAAACAUGAUUAAAUUCUCAGUGUGUUUCAAACAGGAGUAAAGAUUUAUUUUAGUGAAAAAUAUAUUUUGGGGUUAGGUGCACUUUAAUGCCUUAAGAAUCUUAACGGUUAACCAAUUCUGGUCUUUAGGGAACUCAGGAAAUUGUGUUUCAGAGAGUCCAAUUUUAAAAAUGUUCUGGGGAAACAUGCCCCCCACCCCAGAAGUUUGUGCCUGGGAGUCCACCAGCUGAAUCUCUGCAUCUGCAGCUUCCAAAGGGUAACUGUGUGAACUUAAUAGAUGUGACCCCUAAAUGAAGGAUAAAUUUAUAGUAAGCAUGGGUGACCAAUUUUAGGAAUUUGAAAAUGGUGGCUUAAUGGAGGUUUGUCUGUUUGAGUAUGUAUUGUUGGUCAUUAUAGGCAGUAAUGUACUGAUGGUGGGUACAGUUUUAUGAGGUCAAAUUAAUUGUAGAGGUGGUAAAUUUAGAUUUAUAAUAAGUGUACAGUUUCUUUGAUUUUUGGUUUGAUAUUAUCCAGAUCCUGAAAAAAAGCUCAUAGAUGAAAUAAGAGAGGUUGUUCUCAAAAAUCAACCUGCAGAUUUCUUUACUUGGACUCUUCUCAAGCUGGUAUAUGAAGCAGACUGUUGUUCCAGUAAGAAAGCACGUGUCCUUAGCAGAUAUUUUUCAGCUGACGAAUUUCAAGGGGCACAAGAAGCAAUCAAGGCUCUUGUUACUGUACCUGUUGAGGACAGCUUGAUUGCAAGUCCUGAUGCAGAAAGUCUUGAGUCAUUUGAACUUAAAGUAGUUGAAUAG